UCAACACUCAUCCGACCAUGCCGGACCCUCCGAAGCCCGCCCCAAAGAAGGGCUCCAAGAAGGCGGUGACGAAGAGUGCUGCUAAAGGUGGGAAGAAGAAGAGAAAGAGCAGGAAGGAGAGCUACGCCAUCUAUGUCUACAAGGUGCUGAAGCAGGUCCACCCCGACACCGGGAUCUCCUCCAAGGCCAUGAGCAUCAUGAACUCGUUUGUCAACGACAUCUUCGAGCGCAUCGCCGGGGAGGCCUCCCGUCUGGCUCACUACAACAAACGCUCCACCAUCACCUCCAGGGAGAUCCAGACCGCCGUCCGCCUGCUGCUGCCCGGGGAGCUUGCCAAGCACGCCGUGUCUGAGGGCACCAAGGCCGUCACCAAGUACACCAGCUCUAAGUGAACACAGCAGCUGACAGUCUAAGCCCACGGCUCUUCUAAGAGCCCCCACCUCCCACAAAGAGCUGCCAUUCCUCUCAGAGACUGAACAAAGGAGAGUUGAGGAAGGUAACAUGAACCAUGGACUCAAACUGAAGCAUUAUACGGUUGUUCUACCUUCCCUCUGACAAGGUGAAGACCAGGAUCUUCAGUUUUACCUGGUUUUACACCACUGACCUUCCAUCCACAAUGCUGGGAUGAUCUUCUGCAUAUCUGUCACAUUGAAACAGUUCAGAUCAUCAAAUAAUUCUAUUUUUACAAUAAUGCCUUAUCUGUAUGAGACUAGUAAUACCUGGAGACCUCUGGUGAAUUAUAUUCCUACAGGACGUCCCAUCUGACUCCAAUAUGUCUGUGAUUCAGGUAGAAGCUGACUUUGGCGCUCAGAGCCUUUAGUAACUGUAGCUCAGGUUCCUCCAUGUCUCUGGUCUUUAUUGAGAUAUUACUACACCUUGAUUGGAGUCCACCUGUGCUAAAUUAACCUGAUUGGACAUGAUUCUAAAGCCCCGCCCCUCUCUAUAGAAAGCCACACAGCUGACAAUGAAAUCAGAGCAGAAACCAAGUGUCAAAGGUCAGAGGAGCUGCAGAGACAGGAUUGUUGACAGGCACAGAUCUGGAGAAAACUACAGAAACAUUUCUGCUGCUCUGAAGGUUCCCAAGAGAACAGUGGCCUCCAGAAUUCUCACAUGAAUAACUCUGGACCAACCAGGACUCUUCUAGACCUGGUCACCAUUAGGGGAGAAGGACUUUAGUGAGAGAGGAGACCAAGAACCUGAUGGUCCCUCUGACUGAGCUCCACAGACCCUGGAGGAGAUGAGACAAAGUUCUAGAACCAUCACUGCAGCCUCCACUGAUCUGGACUUUAUGGAGGAGAGGAGAGAUGAAGACUCCUCAGAGAGAAACAGGACAGACUGACUGGAGAUGCAAAAUAAAGUCUCUAAUCUGUAUUUCAUGAGUUUUACUCUGAGGAGACUCUAACCUCCCUGUGUUUGUAGAUUGA